AUGUCCCAGACCCAGACUGUUCCCAACGGACAUACUGGCGCCGGUGCAGCUGCCCAGUCCCAACAAAAAGCGGCUCAAACUGCCACCAGCGUCACUAACGAGACGGUCCGUCCCGAACAACGUAAGAAGCGUCUUAUCAAAGCCAACCCAGGCACCAACCCUCUCAAGUUCAAGGCGUGGAUCAGUGGCCACAUCAUCACCUUGGUGUUCGGAACACUCUUCAUUGCGCUCAAACUCGCCAGGUACAACCGGUACUACGUGGGACUGAUUAGUUACCGGUUAUCGUUAUUGGGAUCGAUGGUGGCUUUGACAGCGACGUUUUCCCACAAGUUCGGGUUGCGUUUCUUACCACCUUCCACCACUUUGAUCGCCCAGCAGAACUUCCAGUACCUCGUGUUGGCCACCAUGUGGUUGCUCACCUUCAGAUCUAUCACCAAGUUCCUUCCAUUCUACCUCAUUUCGCUCUUGCAGUUGGCCACCUACAAGGAGAUCAAGCCUGUGCUCAGCCAGGCGGACUUUUUGGCGUCGUUCAUCGCCUACAACGAGUUGUUCCUCAUUGUGUACUUGGCGGUGCGGACCUUGCUCUUCAGAAACACUUCUGGGUACCAGUUGUCGUUGUUUUUGAUCUUCUACUGGUUGAGAAUUCUCUACAACAAGGAGACAGGCAACUUGUUCCGUGCCAUCGUGGCCAGAUUGGACGGCAAGGUGGAGGGGGUCAAGAACCCCAAGGUCAAGAAGGCCUGGUCCAAGGCAAAGGAGUUUUUGGACCACAAGCAGAACGACAGUUUGUCCUAA